GCUCGAUGAUGGGCAGCUGUUCCAGCUUCUUGUCGGAAGCACGGAACCGCGCCACCGGCGAAAGUCGGAGAGUGGACGGUUUGCCAGUCGGAUAUCCCCACGCAAAGGUCCACUGACCGAGCGGGCAAACCGAACCUUCAGCUAUGUUCGUCGACUUCACCUUUAUCCGCCCCCCAUCGACUACCGCGAUCUUUACAUGGUAUCACGCUCAAAGGUUCCUUUGUUCCCAAAUGUGCGAACUUUAUGCCUGGAGGACAACUACAUUCGGGGUAGAAGGGUUCAGGCCUUACCCACAACAUAUCUUCCAGACGACUUCGUUAUGUUCGAUUAUCUCGAGGAGGUCUGUGUACGAGGGGGCGACUACUCCUUGGAUCGUCUCAAGUACCUGCCUUGUUCCGCCAGGAACAAGCAGCACUCUCCACCAGACUACUGGACGAACUUCGACCAGGAACAAGCAGCACUCUCCACCAGACUACUGGACGAACUUCGACUUCCGCAUGGACAACAUCCGAAACCUUACAGUACACUGCGAUGCCAUUGAACAGAUUAGUGGGUGUGAGCACCUGCCUAUCGAAUGGGAAUCCUUCCGAAUCUUCAUUCUGGAGGCGCGAUACCAAGUUUGGAGCCAGGAAGCCUCACUGAGCAUCUUCGGAAUGUAUGCCGACCGCUUGACGCAACCACCAAUUCCAGUAUAUCUCAAGAAAGAAGAUGAGGCGGAAGCCAGGCUCCGGGAACAGUGGGGUACUCUCGAGAAGCACCGCAGCCUGAAGAUCACAUUUGGCGACAACCCACCCCCGUGUAAAGUUUGCGAGUCGACAUGGGUAGAGGCAGAGGAGCAGGAUCGAACAUCUGCUGCGAACUUCCCCCAACACUGCAUCUCCACUGGCGAGCUCAACUUCAAUCCAUUUUCACGCGCCUGA